AUGAAGGAAUUAUCCCAAGACUCAAUAGAGGAAAGAUAUGAAAUGCUUAAGAACUUGUGCAAACAACAGAUCGUGAUAAAUGAGACUCUGAAAUCCGAAAUCACUAAGUUAAACAAUAUUAUCCGCAUAGUUUCUAGUGAGAAAGAUUUACUACUGGAUGAAUUGAUCAAUAAUCAUUCUACUUGUCGGAACGCUGUCAGAGACGACUCCAAACCUUUUCAAAAAUCGGUUAUCUCUGCCGGCCAUAAACGUCCUGUGAAUUUUUCCGAGAAUUGUCAGGAUCUAAAAAAAAUAAAGAAUGACCCGCAUGUCGCUGAUCAUAACGAAAAUGCGGGUUUCCACGGUGACCCAACCAGUUUAUUAGCUUUGAAUUCAAUCUCAGCACAAGAAAAUGAAGAUCGUUGGAUUUCGCAUGACCAAAUAGAGACGAACCAAAGUCAUCUGUCUGGUCAUUCAUCUCUUAUAUCUACUAAACCCAGGUUACAAUACCAAAUCCCUUCAGUUCAUUCAAAGACAACCAUUUCCGCUACUCCUAGUGGCGAUAAUGAUACCUCAUCACGGAUGCUAAGUUCUUCUGGAAAUACUUUGAAAUCGAGCCUGAGUAAUCCAGGAUCGCCGCCUACAAUCACUUCAAAUACUCAUUUAGUUACACCAGUUGCUGCUAGUUCCAAUAAUUUACUUACUACCCAGCGACCAAACAGAAGUGGUUCUCUUGUAACUAACUCGUCAGUAUGUCCUUCAAAUCCAUCGAUUCCUUAUGUAUCAUUCGCAUCCCAACGAGCACCUAUUGGUUCCCACUCAAAAUAUGUAUCUGUAACAAACCGUCCCCUAAAAGUUGUUAGUCCUGGGACUGUAAAUAAUACAGCUAGUAACAUUUUAAAGUCUGUGACUUCGCCUACUAUAUCCCCUGGAAUUCGAUUGUCGAGUAGUCAACCAACAAACCAGCGUAUUUUAAUUCAACCAAGCAACUGUAACGCUCGUUCGGCUGUCUUUCCUCGACAACAAUCUCAUGCAAAUGAUUCUUGCGAAUUUGGGUACGCAGAGAGAUGA